UGCCGGGAAACGAUCGAAGCGCCUGGUGCGUGUCGAACUUUUUCGCUCUGACUACCAGCGAAGAUCGUUUGGGCUGAACACAAUCAUAGUGCGUGUUUCCAGAUCGUCAUCACAAUGAGAAUAUAUCAGUUAAGAAUUAAUACAGCUAUUUCAUUCAUCGUCUUCUACUUGCUGCCGGUAUAUCAGAUCUUGAGUGCAAGUAUAACGUCAAGUUUCGCCACCUUAACCAAAGAAGGCUCGAGUUCGUCGCCCUCUGGUGAUGACGCCAACAAAACAUUAUCCCCUGAUAUCGUGGAAGGAGUUGCACGCGAGCAAUGCUUGCGAAUCAUAAGUAAUUUAUCGCCUAAUUGUCAGUGUAUAAAUUCAGUAGGAAAAGAGAGUAUAAUAUCAGAAGAAUCGUCUUUGGAUCAAUCUGAACAUCAAGACAGUGCUCUAGCAAAUUUUACAAACAACUGGAAUGUGCAAAAACGAAUUUUAGGCGUUGAAAUUAUCUACAAGCUACUCUGCAGUUGCCAUGGAGACCAAACGCUGCGUUUACGAGGUAUCGCCGACUUGCCGCCCGCUGUGCAAGAAAUGGAAGUCUCUGACUGCAGAGGAGGAGCGGUGACUUUUGCGCAGUCCGUGACAGGCAUUGGCGAGUCCCACAUGAAGGCGAUCACCAUCCAAAACGUACUUAAUUUAACUUUUGAACGAGGUUCUUUUGACAUGGAUAUGCCAAUAAUGUCUGGAGAUGAGGACGAGUUCCAAAUGAAGUUGACUAACAUAGGGAUGAUGAAGAUCCAUAGAGGAGCCAUACGGUUGUCUGGAAAAAGAGCAUCAUUGGAAUGGGAAAACGUUGUUCUUAGCGGACUACCGGCAUUCAGUAUCACAGCUUCAAAUUUAACUGCUUUGAAAAUGAUAGGCGUUCAUGUAACAGGUCCAAUCGAAACAGCUGCUGUUAACUUCGAGUCCUCUGGUACAACUUUGGAAUUAGAAAAUGUAGAUGCAAGAUCUGUGGUGAAUUCUAGAUGGGUGUCUGGCGAUGCAAAGGACUUGAUUCUCUCCGAAUGUCGUCUAAAUUUAGCACCCGGUGCGUUCCAGCAAGUUUCAUUCUCAGCACCAAACCCUCGAAUAAUUCUAAGAAAUAAUGUCUUCGGAGAUAACCGGUGGUCCGGUCAAAUUUUCCCAUCGCUAUCUUCGAAGGUGUUUGACUUCACUUUCUCAGAAAGCUCUGCUGUAUUCAAUUUCACUAACAAUCAGGCACAAUGCAAUACUGGUAAUCUCGACUUUCUCGUUGAACCGAAGAAAUCCACGCUACUUCACUGGCUGCGCUGUGGUCUGCUUCAAACUUUGAUAUGUCUUGAGCCAGACACGUUUCCUGUUCACAAAUCAUGCAAUUUCGACGAAAUCGGCAGCGACAAACUCCCAAAAACUACUACGCACUCACCUCCAGUCAUAAUCAGCGAGGAAAAAACGACUGUCACAGCGCCCAAUGCAGACGACCAAUUAAUCCCGCAAGCUCUUCGGUCUUCAGAUUUAUUUGAAAAUGCAACGGUCAUCAACGAGUUCAUAUACGAACCCGAAGACCUAUUUCUCCCUACGCUGACAAGUUCUUCAGAAACGGGGACGGUCCGUAUUCAAGAAAAAGCUGAGGAAAUUCUACGGCCUUGGAAACGUAGUCAUCUCCAGAACUUCGGUGAAACAAUUGACUUGUCUCAAUUCGAGUGGCCAGAUUUCCUGAGACGUUCAAACGUUUCGUCGGCAGAAUACGUCGAAUCGACUGAACUUCCGAGCAUUUCCCCAGAGAAUUCAGGCGCAGACGAUGAUUCGAAUACUAGUAACCAAGAAAAAGACAUAGUGACAUCAUUGCCUCUUGUAAACAAAGCUUUCUCGAUGAGGAAAGAUUUAAAACUAUUGGCUUUAAUGUUUUCACUUGUGACACUUUUUCUGUGUCUUCAAGUUUAGUUAGAUUAAUUGGUUCAGUGUGAGUGGGUUAUAUAUACCACUUUGUUUUCCUUAAUACUAAUCUGAUUUUGUUAAGUUAAAUUUUUAUCAUAGCAAAUUAGUAAACCUUUCAAUACUUGGGCUAUUCAUAUUAAAAUAAAUUUUGGUGCAGAAAAUUUUGAAAUAGAAUAAAAUGUGGAUAGGCAUUGGCCAUUAUCAACAACCUCAUGUGUCACAUCAGCAGACAAAGUGAGCGAUCCUGUAAAGCAAAAUGUGCCACAUUUUCAAUAAAAUUCAAAUUUAAACGCUAUUUAGCAACUAGCACCAUCGACUUAGCGAGAAAAUUUGAGCAAAACGUUUUUUCUUGUGGUUAAUAAAACAGCGUUGAUCAUAAAUAUAUAUGUAUUAAUAACAAUACUUACGGUCUGGGUUUUAUGGCUGCAAGAUUUAUUUUAUGGAGGGAUUCCAUGAAUACUGUUUACGAUCAAAGAUAUGCUUGGUAUUCAUUAAUAAACACAUUUUAUGACAGAGAUGAACCGAAGCCUCAAAGGAACUGAAAGGAUGCGACUUGUGACAGUUGACGAGUUCUAUGAGACAAUAGUUUGUGAGACGGAUCCUGUUUGGGAAUUUGUUCAGAAUUUCAGAUCAUUCGACAUGGAAGUUAGAGAGCUACGGAGAUAACACUAAAUGUACCACAAUAAACAUGAAGGUUUAAACACUUUGUUUGAAUUUCUCUGCG